AUGUGCUACAAAGUGGACUCUUCCCGUGGUUCAACGGUUCAACGGACACAAGUCAUGAGAUCCAAAUUUGGGCUACCACCCUGCCUGUCCCGAGGUUGGAGUGCUUUUCGACUAAUGUCAAGGGGUUCUAUGUUGCUGAAGGUUGGGCAAUUUCAUACCCUCCAAAACAAGAGAAGCCUCAUUAUGCUCGUGUUCGAGCACUUGCUUGCAUUUCUCAUUCCUCUCAAUGGAUUGAGACAUGUUAUCGAUGAGCUGAUUCAUUCUCCUCUUCUCUACUUCUUCAUUAUACUAAAAUGGCAGGAAGCAAAGGUAACGCAUCUUCCGUUCUUGGCUUCCGAUCAUGCCCCAUUAUAUGUCCAACUAUCUCCGACCGUGAGAGGAAACGCAAAGAGGAGACCCUUUCGUUUCGAGGCGGCGUGGUUGAAGCAUGAGGGUUUUCAACAGCUGUUGACGGCUUCGUGGCGAGGGGAGAGAAGCACGCCUCAGGCCUUGGACUCACUCAGGAUGACUCUGAAGAAGUGGAACCGUGAGGUGUUUGGGGAUGUACAGAGAAGGAAGGAGAAGCUACUAAGUGAGAUACAACAUGUGCAGGACUCCCUGGAGAAUAACCAAUCAGACUCUUUACUAGCAAGAGAGGAGAGGCUGCUUAAAGAGUUUGACGUUAUUCUGGAGCAAGAAGAGUUGAUAUGGUUCCAGAAAUCGAGGGAGAAGUACAUAGCGCUGGGGGACAGGAACACAUCUUACUUUCAUACGUCAACGGUUAUCCGGAGACGCCGAAACCGUAUCGAGAUGCUCAGGAACGACGAGGAGAUUUGA